AUCUUCAUCCUUGGCAUCCCCGCGCGCCUCGCCGCCGUCUGGUUCGGCCCCACGCAGGUGUCCACGGCGUGCGCCAUCGGCGUCUUCGGGAACCAGCUCGGCGUUGCUUUGGGGUUCCUGCUGCCUCCCGCCAUCGUGCCCGACUCCGAGGACCCGGACGAGGUGGCCACGGGACUCGCCAUCAUGUUCUACUCCGUCGCCGGCCUCACCACCCUGCUCUUCGUCACCAUCAUCGUGGUGUUUAAGGAAAGCCCUCCGACGCCUCCCAGUACAGCUGCACUCUCACAAGAGGACUCGGGCACCUACUUCCAUGGUGUUGUAAGGUUGAUGAAGAACCCAGGCUACGUCUUGCUUCUUUUAUCGUAUGGAAUCAACGUUGGUGCCUUUUAUGCCAUUUCAACUUUGCUCAACCAGGUUGUUCUGGGACAUUUCCCUGGCGAGACUAAGAAUGCUGGACGAAUUGGGCUCCUCAUUGUUCUCGCAGGAAUGUUGGGGUCUGUUGUGUGUGGGUUUAUUCUAGACAGGACGGCAAAAUUCAAGUUGGUGACGCUGAUUAUCUAUGUCAUGUCAAUGGUGUUCAUGCUGGCAUAUACAUUCAUAUUCCACCUGGAGACACUAUGGCUAGUGUUUGUCACAGCAGGAUUGCUAGGGUUCUUCAUGACUGGCUAUUUACCUGUGGGCUUUGAAUUCGCAGCAGAGUUAACUUACCCAGAAGCUGAAGGUACAAGCUCAGGCCUGUUAAAUGCAUCUGCUCAGUUCUUUGGCAUCUUUUGCACCAUGGCUGAUGGUCAGUUAUUAGAGAGCUUUGGUGAUAUGGCUGCCAAUCUGCUCCUAGUCGCGGUGCUGUUAGUGGGCUCCGUCAUGACAGCCUGCAUAAAAGAAGAACUACGAAGACAAGCAGCGCACAAGAAAGCAUCCCCAUCAGGCAUUCAGCCCCAAGUGUGAAUUUAGACUCUGUGGGGUUCUUUCUCAUUAUUGGGCAUAAUAUAGGCAAGUAAAUGACAUUAUCUAUGGGAAGCAGAAUGUGUGUGUGUGUGUGUGUGUGUGUGUGUGUGUGUGUGUGUGUGUGUGUG